UCCAGAAGGAGGCGGCGGCCAAGGGCAGCCCUUCAAAACAACCUCCACUUUCCGCCGCCUCGGCCAGCCCUGUGAACAGGAGACCAGAGCCAGCCUCGGUGGCUACCAACCCCAGCCACAUCCUCUUUCCUCUGAAGCAACCCUCCCCUCGCAAGGAUGCUGAUUCUCCUCGCCUUCAUCAUCGUCUUCCACAUCAGCUCGGCUGCCCUUCUGUUCAUCGCCACGAUUGAUAGCGCCUGGUGGGUCGGGGAGGACUUCUCCACAGAUGUCUGGCAUCGCUGCCUCAAUGGCACAAACUGUACAGCCCUGGAUGAAACCUUCCCAGACUACCAGUCUAUCCAGGCAAUUCAGGCGACGAUGAUCCUCUCCACCAUCCUCUGCUGUGUGGCCUUUUUCGUUUUCAUCCUCCAGCUGUUCCGCCUAAAGCAAGGCGAGAGAUUCGUCUUAACAUCCAUCAUCCAGCUGUUAUCCUGUCUGUGCGUGAUGAUCGCCGCAUCCAUUUACACGGACCGCCACGAGGAGUUUCACGUGGGCCAGCAGUACGACUUUUUCCAGGUGUCCAGCGGGCAGUAUGGCUACUCCUAUGUCCUGGCGUGGGUCGCCUUCUCUUUCACGUUGCUCAGUGGAAUCAUGUACCUAAUACUAAGGAAGCGCAAAUAAAACUCCAGCAGCUAGUUGGAAGGGGGAAGAGAGAGAAAAGGAAACGGUUUGUCCGUUUCGCAGUACUGGGAGUCCAGUAACUAUUUUGUAUAUAGCAGAAGUGCGGUUUUGUAGUAAGGAAAAGUUGUUGUCAUUUAUUUUUUUUGUCCUGCCGCGGCCCCCUUCCUCCUCCUUCUCCCUGCUUGGUGUCGAAACAAGGACUAUGGGAGAGAAAAAACGCAGGUGAACUGGAACAGCUAACCCCCCCCCCCAGGUGUGGGUGGGGUACCUUAAAGGCAACCCCUGCCUAUGGUAGUCUCCCAAAAGCCUUUGAUUGUACCUAUUCUUGUGUUGUUUCCUUUUUCUUAUACAGCUUUCAAAACAGGUAAUGUUACUAGGCAUUAACAAAAAAAAGCAACAACAGACCCCCCCCCCAAGCUGGUUAUGGCUCUGUAGGACAGAUGUGAAAAGCUGGCAGAGCACAGUAAACAUUACUCUGUCGCUAGCAACAUGUGCUCAGCUGGAUGUCUGGGAUUAUUUUGAGAAAUAGGGAUGUGGGGGCAGAUCUGGCCACAGAAUAAUUCUGUGGGUGGGGUGGGGUAAUCCUGCAGCCGGUAGUUCCUCCAGUGAUUGAAUGCCAGCCUAGGAGGUUCUUUCUAAAAAGCAAUGGUUUGGUGUGAUGCUGGCAAGCUCAACGCUAAGGUUCUGGGCUGAUCUGAAGGGUCCAUUUGGUCUGGCGCAGUGCCAGUGUGGUUCCUGGGCAUGGCGUGGGGGGAGGGCACAGGGGCACAGCCUGCUCUAAAUCCAGCUUGGACACAUCUGCCCAUGCCAUGCUUCGAAAUAAUUUCAGUUGGGAGUGUCUUAAGUUAUCGCCACGGAAGAUAAGUGUUCUGCUGCCAUAGGUGUGUAGUGAAGAGCCCCGAAAGGUUCAGAGAACAUUACUUGUCUAAGGCUGAAACAAUUGCUUUGGGACAGAUCCUCUUCCUGCUGAAUCCCAUGUAUCCAGAGCUACCUCAAGAAGUCGCAAAGAUGUUUGCUGCCUUGAUCGACUUCCCUGUGUUUUUGGAAGAAUUUAAAUGGAAAGGAUGUCUGUCUUUGAGAAGGCCCUCAAUCCCUCCACUCAAAAGGGAUCCUAGGUAGCAGGGCUGUGGAAGGGCCUUUUCCCCUUGCGUGGAUCAUGGAGAGCUGUCAGCACAGUGGCCGCCAGAAAACAAAUAACAUAGCCAAGUUGUUUGGGGUUGGCAAAAAUCAUUGGGGGACCAGAUAUGGCCUUUAGGAUUGCCAUCCCUGCUGUAGGCAAUAUUAGGCUUAGGCAGGGCAAACCUUCUGACUCAGAAGAAAGCAUUGGGCACCCAGCUUGAUGUCGUUUUAGCAGGAAAAUGUCUGUGCUAAAGCACAGCUUCCCUGCUUUGAGGUAAAUACAGCAGGCAGGAAGAGUCAAUUUUUAUUUUUACAAUUAGGAAAGAGCCACCCAAUACCGGCACAUUAUUGCAGAAGAGUUUGGGAUUCCUGUUUGCCCCAAAUCACGGCUUCAACCAACCGACGAGCCAGUAUUUGGCCAACUAUCUGGCAUAUUUGUUGGCAAAUAUAUCGGGUCUUUCCAAUCUCAGUCUGACAAAUUUACCCACUAACAAGUCACCUGGUUUUCAAAACCCCAGAGGCUCUUAUUAUAUUAGCAGGUGCAGAAACCUAGAAUAACCUGCUCUUAAGUAUCCCAUAUUUCACCCAAGAGCCUUGUUCGUAUAGCUACAAAUGUCUGACCUCCUUAACAA